UUUCACUCAGUUGUUCCAUCACUAAAGCAACUCGAUCUUGACCAUCCCUAGCUUGAAAUUUAGCGUCCUAUUGCAUGCAAGUCGAAAUAGAUUAAAAAAUACCAAGAACAUUCAUGUUUUCCAAGAGAAAAACUUGAUUGUGGCCAUAUAGAAGUAAAACGGACAGCGACGGUGUCGCAGAAGUCAAGAGCGCCGUGGAUCCGGAAAUAUACUCAUCGGACAGCAGCGAAUCCGAACAUUCUGCUGCGAGAAGGCGGAAUUCAGAAAUCCUGCUGCAAGGAAUGGAUCCGGAAGCUUAUGACGAUGAGACCUCUACAAAUGAUAGCUUUACAGAUGAUGAGGCAAUCGUCAAUCCAGUUGAAGGUCAUCAGCCGGCGGUUGAGAUUGAGGUACAACGUGACGAGCCUGGUGAGAACGCAGAACCCGAGCAACCGACAGUUCCGCCUCCAAUUCUGGUAGAUCCUCCGCAUUUGCCCAGUCCCCCGAGAAAUUCCCGCCGCAACCAAGGUGAAGAACAGGAGGUGAUCUCAUUGGAAACGCCAUCACCGCCCAAGAAACGUAAACGUAUCUCCGCUGCUGCCGAUAAAAGCCUUAAAAAGUCGCCCGAGGGUAAACCAAUAGUUGCAGAUGACGAGGACGAUGGCCUGACCUGUCCCAUUUGUCUUGAUUCCUGGGAGAUGAGUGGCGAGCAUCGACUGGUUUCGCUGCGAUGUGGUCACCUCUUUGGAGAAAGCUGCAUUCGGCGAUGGUUAAACGAAAGCCAACGCCAAUCUUCUGUAAAGGUGUGCCCGCAGUGCAAGACGAAAGCCACAUUUAGAGAUAUCCGUCAUCUGUAUGCGAAGCGCAUUCAGAUGCUGGACACGGAUAUUAGGGAGCAGCUGGAGGCGGAGCGUCGGCGUACCCAUACUCUAACAACAGAGCUGGCUACCGCGAAGCUGGCUCACACACUGGCCACCGAGAAGUUGAUUCUGCUGCAGAAGGACUACGAACGGCUUAAGGAGAUGGUGAGGGCAGGUGGUGGGCGGGGAGCAUUCGGAGGCGAUGCAUCCGGCCAGAAGACAAUUCAACAACUGGCCACAUACCGAUUGUACAUGGAGAAGAACUUCGAGAUAACUCGAGAACCCGGGUGCCGUGUAUUGCUCUAUUCCGCCAAGCACUCCAUGCUGGUGGCAUCGCAAAAGAGUGCCCAAAACCUGUUUCCCGGCUACGGCGUACGCUUCAUUGAUCCGCCUACCUUCAAGCCCCUGCACUUCCUGCACACCUCGGCACUUCUAAUCCGGGACAUUGCAUUUAGCGACUCACAGAACUUGCUCACUGUGGCAAGUCGAGAACAAAAGAUCAAGAUAUUCGACAUAAGAACUCGGCUUUGCUCGUCUAUGUUCACCGCUCAUGACAAGAUGCUGUGGUCCUGCGCCCUGGAUCGCAACGAGCGCGAACACUUUCUAUACGGCGGAGAUCUGCGAGGUGGAGUUUAUAUCUACGACUUGCGGUUUCCCGAGAACAUUCUCUGCGAGUUCCAAGCCGAAGUGAACCUAAGUCCUGUGAUACACAUAGCUCCUGUGCAACCAAAUAAGAUUUUUACUAGCGGUGGCUUCCUGGUCUGCCAACUGACGGCCCUUACAUUCUACGAGUACGCUGCGGCCAGUGAUACGGCUGUGCCCACUCGGCUAAAUGUGGAGGGACCCUUUCUGUCCAUGCAAUACGAUGCCGUGCAGGACACGGUGCUGAUAUCGGCCCGAUCCAAUCCGAAUUACCCCCAGUCUCGCUUCAUACUUGGUCGAAUGGACAAGAUUGACGGAACGCCGGUGCUGAAGGUCAAGGCCACCAUAUAUGGAUCGAAGGCCACACCGGUUAUGACGCGACCGACCCAACUGGGCGUCGAGGAUAAUACCUUAGUGGUUGGCUAUCUCCAGGACAAUAAGCAGCUGAUGAUGCAUGAUGUGCGGCGCGAGGAGCGAGUGCAAACAAUGCCGGUCAACGAGGUGGUCUACGACAUCUGCCCGGUGGCUACCCAGGCCGGAUCCUAUUUGGCCGCCCUCACCGACAAUAAGUGUCGAGUUUACAAAGUGAACAGUUCCAUGCGAUGAUAUAUGUAUGUCUGCAUUAGUUUUCCGUGAAAAUACCAAAAAAUUUUCUUUUAGCUAAUUAAUUUCUGUGAAAUAUGUGACUACUGAUAUAAACGAGCUUUUAAGCUAAGUUAUUAGUUAUAAAUUUUUCAUUAUUUCCGUUUAUUAAACAUUUGUCAACCUUAAGGUUCGCGUACAAGAUUAAUCUGAACAUAA